AUGACUGAGCUCUACUUCCGAUUCCGGGGGAAUCUUACUGGCCGUGCCCACCCACCCCCAACGCUGGCCACAGAAGUGACCACCACUGAUAAAUACUCCAACCUGUACAUGUACGUGGGGCUGUUCCUCACUCUCCUGGCCAUCCUGCUCAUCCUUUUCUUCACAAUGCUCCUGCGCCUGAAACACGUGAUUUCCCCCAUCACCACCUCUCCAGAGAGCACUGAGAACAUCCAGCAGUUUACAGAUGUGGAGAUGCAUGCCAGAAUCCCAAGCACUUAG